GACAAGAUUGAAGCCAUGGACAUUCUUUUUGCUGUUGUUGCCAGGGGAACCACUAUCCUUGCCAAACAUGCUUGGUGUGGAGGAAACUUCCUAGAGGUGACAGAGCAGAUUCUGGCUAACAUACCUUCUGAAAAUAACAAACUAACAUACUCACAUGGCAAUUAUUUGUUUCAUUACAUCUGCCAAGACAGGAUUGUAUAUCUUUGUAUCACUGACGAUGAUUUUGAGCGUUCUCGAGCAUUUAAUUUUUUGAAUGAGAUAAAGAAGAGGUUCCAGACUACAUAUGGUUCAAGAGCACAGACAGCACUUCCAUAUGCCAUGAAUAGCGAGUUCUCAAGUGUCUUGGCUGCUCAGCUGAAGCAUCACUCCGAGAAUAAGGGCCUGGACAAAGUGAUGGAAACUCAAGCCCAAGUGGAUGAACUGAAAGGAAUCAUGGUCAGAAAUAUAGAUUUGGUAGCUCAGCGGGGAGAAAGAUUGGAAUUAUUGAUAGACAAGACAGAAAAUCUCGUGGACUCAUCUGUUACCUUCAAAAUGACCAGCAGAAAUCUUGCCCAAGCCAUGUGUAUGAAGAAUCUCAAGCUUACUAUCAUCAUCAUUGUCGUAUCGAUUGUGUUCAUCUAUAUCAUUGUGUCACCUCUCUGUGGUGGAUUUACAUGGCCAAGCUGUGUGAAGAAAUAA